AAGAGACAUAUGCAGCUGCUUCGGUGGCAAUAUACUAGGUUUAUCUUUUCCUAAGCUAUACGGCUUAGGUUUGCGCUUACUCUUGAAUUGAUAGAAGAUAUUUUAUUAGCAUGCAUCGUAGACAAUGUUUUACAGCUGUUGUACUUUUGGCCAUGGCGGGUAUUCUAAAUUCCGAAGAAAGUGAGGUCAAAAAAGUCGAAAGUCCAACGGAAGGAAGAUAUGAGCUGCCGAAAAUGAUUACUCCCGCGCCAAAGACAAAUGAGUCCGAAGAAGGCAAGAUUCCGACGCCGCUAAAAAAUGGGACCGAAGUCAAGAUUCCGACGCCUCCAAGAAAGGAGAUCGUAAAUGUCAAGAUUCCGGAGGCAAUAAAAAAGCAGCUCGAGAAAGUCGAGAUUCGGACGCCGGAUAUAAGGAAGUUUGUGGGCUUGAGAGAACCCAUAUGGACAUACAAUGCAACCGGCACUACCCGUAUUGAGUGCAAAGUGGAUUUACGGGAAAGCAUGACCAACAAAUCAAUUGUGUUUAGGAGAGAAUACAUCUACAAGGAUCAAACAUUUUCUGACGACAUCGAUGGAAGCUUUGUGAGAGGAGACACGGAUAAAAUGUAUAUACAGAGGGAACAGGCUCCCUUCUACCAGUUGGAGCAGUUGAUAUAUACAACAAGGAGGUCCAAAUGCGCUAUCAUAAUGGUCACAUUAAUUAGCUCUCUUCUUCCAAUACCUCCAGUGCGUUGGUACGAGCUCCGGGUACGUGACUCGGCCAUUCACAGAGGACCAAGUAAAAAGUGCAUGGCAGAAUUCAACAUGCUAAACCUGGAAGGACACCUCAUUUAUACGGAUGAUUGCCCGGCGAGACUAGGUUUUAUUCGACGUAGACACAGGAAUUCAUACUAGGAACAUUUAUCGCAAAUAUUUUAAUAAAGUUGUACGUUUAAAAGAAUAGAAAUAAAUAUGACGAGCGAAAUA